AAAAGUUGUCCCAAAAGGCGGAGAAGGAAGAGUGAAAGGAGAGACGGGGCUACCCCCGGAGCAGCUCACAGAGCGAUUAAAGGUGACAGAGAGGAACAAAUGACCUGCAGAAAAAGGGGUUCGCUAACACAACCACCUGUUCUGGGGCUGGAAAACACGAGCAGCUGGGAAAGCACGGGAGGAGCGCCCAGCCUGCCCCGGGAAAGGAGGCGGGACCGGGGAGGCGGAAUCUGCAAAGCCGGGAACGAGCGGCGGGACGGAAUUCAGGCAAGAGCGAAAGAGGAACCGGGACCGGCACCGAGACAGGAACGGGACCGGACAGAACACACAGAGACAGGAACCGGGACUGGACAGAACACACAGAGACAGGAACCGGGACUGGACAGAACACACAGAGACAGGAACCGGGACCGGACAGAACACACAGAGACAGGAACCGGGACCGGCACAGAACACACAGAGACAGGAACCGGGACCGGACAGAACACACAGAGACAGGAACCGGGACCGGACAGAACGCACAGAGACAGGAACCGGGACCAGACAGAACGCACAGAGACAGGAACCGGGACCGGACAGAACACACAGAGACAGGAACCGGGACCGGACAGAACACACAGAGACAGGAACCGGGACCAGACAGAACGCACAGAGAGAGGAACCGGGACCGGCACAGAACGCACAAAGACAGGAACCGGGACCGGACAGAACACACAGAGAGAGGAACCGGGACCGGACAGAACACACAGAGACAGGAACCGGGACCGGACAGAACACACAGAGAGAGGAACCGGGACCGGACAGAACACACAGAGACAGGAACCGGGACCGGACAGAACGCACCGGGAGAGGAACCGGGACCGGACAGAACACACAGAGACAGGAACCGGGACCGGACAGAACGCACCGGGAGAGGAACCGGGACCGGACAGAACACACAGAGACAGGAACCGGGACCGGCACAGAACGCACCGAGACAGGAACCGGGACCGGCACAGAACGCACCGAGACAGGAACCGGGACCGGCACAGAACGCACCGAGACAGGAACCGGGACCGGACAGAACACACAGAGACAGGAACCGGAACCGGACAGAACACACAGAGACAGGAACCGGGCCGGGAGCGGGACCGGGCGGGAGCGGUGGCAUCUCUGGGAGUGACCCAGGAGGUAAAAAAUAAUCCAGAACUGGACUUGCUGCAGAAUUCCCUAUUCAGACAUUUUAAUAUCCAGUGCCUGGCAAUGCAGAGGACAGGAAAAUCCACAACUGUCCCAGGUUUAUGUCCAAAAAGGAGACAGAGCAUUCAUCCUGGAGAGGAAGGGAGUUGAGUUUUGCACUGGCUCAGACGGAAUUGCAGCUGCACACGGCCGAGGGUGAGGAGAAGUGGGCACAGGAGUUUUUGGGUGCCUGCCUGCAGCGGUUCUCAGCUUCUUGAGUCAUUUCCCCAAAAAUGUUAAAGGAUCUCCCCAAUCUCAGCUGCUCGGGGUGACUGAAGGAGGAGACGCUGCCCUGCCCGUCCCUGUGCAGAGAGCAGCGAUGGGAACGCCCAGGAGGACAGGGGAUGGUCCCAAAGGGCUCCGGGCACCCCGAGCCGGGCUCGGGGGGUUUUUAUGGUGGGAAAUGUCUGUGCUGGGAGAGGAGCCCGCUCCUUUCGGGAGGAUACCGGGCUCGGGGGGGUUUUUAUGGUGGGAAAUGUCUGUGCUGGGAGAGGCAACUCGGACAAAAAAGCCAUAGAGGCAGAGUAACUUUGUUUUUAACUAGAUUAAAGCUAGAAAGCACAGACUGAAGCUUAAAGGGGGUGGUUUUUUGCCUGCGGAUCCUGCAGUCCCAAUCUGGCUUCGGAGGCAGAAGGAGCGGCGGUGCCACCUCGGCCAAAGCCCUCUGUGAUAAACCUGAGCGCUGCCCAGGGCAGGGGGAGCUGAGAGCAGAGGAAGAAUUAAUGACAGAUUAAUUAACCAUGGCCUGGCUAAACCUUGCUUGGUUUGGUCAUGGUUUGUUUCUGCACUGCCCACACGGCCCUUUUAACCCUUUUAAAGGGUGAAAUCGGGCGGUGUGAGCUGCGGGUUCGCAGGGACGGCAGCGCCGCCGCGGAGCCGCUCCCGCGCUCGGCCCUGAGGGGAGACGGGACCGCCUGCGCCGCUGCGAAACCCCUCCGGCGGGAAACACUGUCCCGGGCCGGCGGGAAACACUGUCCCCGGGAAGCCGCAGUGGCCGCGGUGGCGGGCGGUGACCGCGGUGGCCCCGGUGGCCGUGGUGGCGCCGGUGGCUCCGCCCGGGUGCGGUUUUAUCCUCCAGAAAACCUCCGGGCGCCGGUGGGCUCGCAGCUCCAGCGGAACGCGCGAGCUGUGCAGGCGGCAGGAGGCGGAGCGCAUUCCGUGCAGCACAGCUCCCUCAGGCGCUGUGUGCUUUUUUAACCUUUUCUGUCCUUCUUUUCCGUGCUUUCCUUUCUGCUCCGUGCGGUCUUUAGAGGGGUUUUGUGUUGUUUUUCCCCGCGGGUGUUCGGGGCAGGCGGGGAUGCAGCAGGGCCGGGCUGCCCGGGCUCUGACCCCUCAGGAUGGGAGCACAGCUCGGCGGCGUUUGUUGUUCCCUCUCCCCGCAGCAGCGGCCGAGUUCUCUAUUUCUUCCUCUCCUUCUCCUUUUUCCCUGCAGACAGCCCAGCCCCGCCCGCUGCAGGCUGAGCGCGUUCUGUCCACCUCUGUUUAAUGACGCUUUUCUUUGGAUGCCUUGAAAACCUGGGAAGUGUCACGGACUCCAAUACAGCAAACCCUACACAGGUUAAGCACAUGGAACAGCAUCACCGACAAUAAAAUUUAAUUAGUGUUUAUUUACUCCUGACUUACCUCGAUUAGAUUAGUUUACAUUUAACUAUAUACACAAAACAUCAGAAAGACGCUUAUUCUGCAUUCAGACAUUGCCACUUUGAACUGAGAAUUCGAAAGAACUGAACCUUUGUCAGUUCAGGGGCAGCUGAGGAAAUCCUGUUGGGAUUCCCUUCCCCAGCCCGCAGUGACUGCUCAUUCUCCAGCCUCCUGCCAAGGCCCUCUGAGGGUCACAGGACAGACAGGAGGGACUGUGAGGGGAAAAGGAACAAAACACCCCAAAUGUGCACUGGGUGUGUUGUUUUCAGUGCAUUCACAAACACAGAGCCUUCAGAGCCCCCCUCACACCAGUGCUCGGCUUUCCAGCUCAUAAUGAAUCAUUAGCAACAUCCUGAACGUUUUCUGUAGAAAAUGAGCCUCAUCAUCCUCUGUUUGCUCAGAGCCACGUCCCAAAUUUUGAUUUCACAGCCCACUGCCAGGUCAGGGCACUGAGCACGGAGUUAAAGCUGUCCCAGAAGAACAGAAGCAGCACAGAGGUAGAAAAUUUCAAACACUAAACCUGAGUUACACAGUUCAUCUCUGCAUACCUGCCAUGACAAAUACCAGCAGCAGGUCCAUGGCUUGGGCUGUUUUUCCAGGUGGAAACUGCCAUGGGGAUCAGCUCCUGCUAUGCCAGGCUCGGCCCUGGCCAAGCUCAAGUGUCCCUGCUGCCCCUGCCUGAAGCCUGGCACAGAACAAGCAGCCAGUGCCUCGUGUCUUACACUGGGCUAGUUCUACAUCACUGUGAAGAAAUGAGGAGUGAAUGAUAAAGCUUCACGAGAAAAAAAAGUGUUUAUAUGCACAAGCACUGAAAAAUCUCCGUUGCCAUCACCCAAGUGCAUUCUGACAGGAAACAAACCCCAAGAAAUCAGUGGCCCAGUUUGGCACCCAAUUUGUGGAGCACAGACAAAAUAAAAACCAAACAAAAGCAAGACUCUACCAAGAAACCUCCCUGCCAAAAAGCACUGCCUUUAUUUCUGUUUUAUUUGGAAACUUUCUGCUCUUUGUAAGGUGAUAAUGUGAAAUUUUGCUUUAUGGUCUGAAAGGUAAAACUAAUUAAUUAAAAGAGAUUUUUCCUUCCCUUUGUCACAACAAGGACUACUUAAAAACCACCUCAGUGAGGUGUUUUAGAGUCCCUCCCAAACCCCUGGACACCUCCACUGAUAAAUUAACCAGGAACAAUUUCAGGAAGUCAUUGAAGCACGCUGAAGAGAACACAACAAUGCUGUGUUACCUUCUGGGACUGACCUGUGCACUUCUCAUCAACAGUUUAAGAUUUAAGACUUCUAAAGUCAAAUGGACUAAACAGAUGAGACAACUGGUAAGGAACAGACACUUCCUUCCCCGUGGGCUCCAUCCUGGGAGGCAGCUGCAGUUCCAGCACUCAGAACCUCUCAGGCUGCUCCUCUCUUCCCUGGUGAUUGGAACAGCACAAGCAGCAAACCUGAAGGGCUGCACAGAGUUAGGGAUUCUCAGCAAACCACGUGUGUUAUGGCAAACACUCCACAGCAGGGAACUGCUAUCUACCAUCCCGGGAAUACUGCAUCAAACAGACUCUGCUUGUUGAGAUUUCAGCUGGAGUUUGGUUUCCAUUCCCCUUCCUUCGCUGCCAGUGGGAAUUACACA